AUGGCAUCUUUACCACCCCUCGCACCCUUCCCCAAAUCAUCAUGGCGACAACACCUCUCUUCUAGCGAGUGGAAUUCACUUCUUCAAGCCUGGACGUCAAUCUGCCGUGCCCUGGUCGCACUCCCCGAAAAGGACCUCAAGACAUCAUUGUCUCGUGAUGACUCUACCCCAACGUUUCUCUCCUCUUUUGCAGAAGAAACGGCCGAGUCAGGCUUCACAGUCCUAGAAUCUUACUCAACGACACUACCUAAAGCUGUCUUCCAACUCACUUCACGAGUUUAUUCUGUGUCUCCGCCUACGCAGCUCUUCGACUAUGAAUUCUUGGCAAAUAUUGCAAGAAUAUUCCCCCAGAAAGCUACGGCACCUCUUAUUACACAACUAUUUCAGCAGCGUACUGCUGUGACAGAGGCGAGCCUUACUGGGUUAAAGAAACAACUUAUCCCCCAGCUGGAGGCUGGUAUCAAGGGAGAUUUGAAGAUAGUUGAGGCUCACUUGAUACGACUAAACUACCUUUUGCAUGCUUCACCAGAUGCCUGCACCUUAUUUCUUGCGGGAUCCGAUUUCCUCGACGCCCUUAUUGUGUGCUUUCGAGUCAUGAACCCACCUCUACGGAAGGUGAUAUUGACAACCACCUAUCUAUGUCUUAUCGGGCUUAUAGAUGUUGAGCCAGCCAAGUGGUCUAUGCUGAGCGAUCAACUCUAUGCUCUCAAGGAAGCGGCUGAUGCUCACAAGGCCGGGCCUCUCAAUGCCAACGACUCUCUUGUUCCUGAACUCAUCACCAACACUCCACUACUAAAGAUUCUACUGAGAAGGGCGGAAGAUUCUGGAGCAGCAACAGAUAACUUCAAGAAACGACUCACAGCACUCGAGGCCUACAGAAAGGGUGCAAUGAUUCGUCCCAAACGACUGGUGCGACGAAAAGUCGACAAAGGAAAAGGAAAGGAGACACAGCAAGAAGCUGAUGCUGACAUGCACGUUCACCGGAUGAGUCAGAUCACGCAGGUGCAGGAUCUAUUUCCUGACCUUGGAUCUGGCUUUGUAUCCAAAUGUCUUGAUGAAUACGGGGAGAAUGUGGAACAUGUCGUUGCGAAUCUGCUAAGUGAGACCUUACCGCCUCACUUGUCCAACGCGGACCGCAGCGAACCCUUGUAUGAUGCAUCUUGCCGUUUUGAUUCCCAGCUAACCAUGACUAGGUCUUCGCAUCCCCAAAAUAGACACACAGAUCUUGCACCACGACCUACUCCACCCAAAGUUCCUACACGGCAUAAUGUGUUUGACGACGAUGAUUUCGACCGGCUCGCAAUGGAUGUAUCCAAGAUCUCCUUUGGAAAGAAACCCAGCAAAAGCGCCGACGAAAUGCUCAAAGACAAAGAAAACGCACCGAACAAAUCGGCCAUCCUCUCUGCCCUGGCAGCAUUCGAUUCUGAUGAUGACGAACGUGACGAUACUUACGAUGCUGAUGAUGUGGGAGGCACCGUUGAUGCAUCCAACCAGGAAGCUGAUGCGGCGAGCGACGGUAACGAAGAAGCACUAUUCCGCGCCUACCAGAUGGACUCUAAGCUAUUCGAUCGAGAUGCCGCGACAAGACGUGGCAGUCCACGAUCCAAACUCAGACAAGAUACUGGCAUGACCGACGAAGCGAUCGAGGGAUGGGCUCUCAUACUUGUGAGAAACCCCCAGCAGAAGCGGCGACUGGAAGCAAAGUAUGCAUUUAGUGGACAACAGGCGCAAAUAGAUCGCACUUCUUGGCGAGCAUCACCAGCUGGAUCAGGGGAAGAAGGAAGUGAUCCUGAUGGUGGCCCAUCCAGGGGUGGUAGGGGUGGUGGCCGCGGCCGAGGUCGAGGGCGUGGUCGCGGUAGAGGAGGCAAUAUCGCAGGGCCUACUGGUGAGAAGGAAACGGAAUCGGCCAGGAAGAAUAAAGAGGCAAAUAAGGGGUCUCGGGCAAAUCACAACCGCCGUGAUGCUCGAGCUAAGAAGAUGGCGCGAGGGGGCUUCGCGGGAUAG